UAGGAAAACAUUCCAGCCAGAGGAGAGAAAGCCAGAGAAUUCGAAACCCCAGCAGUCGUUCCUGUUCGUGGUCACUUCUUUGAUCACUUCUACAAAGACACAUCUCGGGGUUUGUGCCCAAGACGCACUAGGGUAGUGCAAACUUUUUUCAGUCCUGGGGCUGCUCGAAGAAGAGUUCAAAGUGUUCCACAUCUGAACUCACCAUGAAAGCAGGCUUCUUCUUUUCAAUCCUCCUCAGCAUGCUUGCUCAGCUCUCUCAAGCCCAGUACCACUACCAGACCCUGAUGAACUACCUGGAAAGCAGAAUGGCUGCUAUGGAGGAACGUAUUGUCUUAUGGCAUGAGCAGAACAACCGUUACAGCAGCGACCUGAAGAAGUUCAGGAAUCAGGCUGCAGAUCUGCUGGAGAAACUGGGGAAGGAGCACGAGAAGCUACGGGAGGACCUGGAGGGAGCUGGGGUGCGGGUGGACCGGGUGGAGCGAGAGAUGGACUACAUCGAAACCAAAAACCCACCCAAACCUUGUGUUAAAGCAGUGGACAAAAUGGUGGAACAAGAUCCUGUGGUGAAGGAGAGGAAGAAGAAGGAUGAGUUUUUUGAGGUUUCAGUUUGCGUCGACAUUGUGUCAAGUAUCCGAGCCAUGAAGAUCGUGAAAAGACUGGGCAGCACCAAAGGGGUCUGGACUAAGGAUGCCAGGACUGCAAAGGUCUACAUCUUUAAUGGAACUUCUGAGGAUACUUUCUAUGAGUUCAAGUCAGUAAAAGAGCUCUCUGCAUCAUCUGGCAUGUCCAAAGGAAAGCAGAUAACCCUCCCCUUUGCAUGGUAUGGUACUGGCCAUGCUGUCUAUGAUGGCUUUCUUUACUACGUGACUGAGAGAUCAGAGUUGCAGCUGAUCAAAUUUCAUCUGGAGAAUAGCUCAUUGGUGGACAGUGCCGUUCUUCCAGUACAGGACCAGGUGUCCGUGUACAGCUUCAAUCCUGAGACCAUGGUGGACCUGAUUGCAGAUGAGGAAGGACUUUGGGCAUUGUAUGCUGUUGGAGAAACCAUAAACCUGGCCAAGAUGGACCCUGACACACUGGACAUCGAGCAGAUGUGGGACACGGCAUGCUCCAGAAACAAUGCUGAAGCGGCGUUUUUUGUUUGUGGCACCCUCUACGUGGUCUACAACACUAGACCCCCCAGCCGCUCUAGAGUCCAGUGUGUGUUUGAUGUUAAUGACAUGGUAACACCCGGAGAAGCCCCACUUCUCUACUUCCCUAGGCGCUUCGGAGCGCACUCCAGCCUGAAGUACAAUCCUGUAGAGAAGCAGGUGUAUGCUUGGGAUGACGGUUACCAGAUUCUCUACAGGAUGUCCCUGAAGAAGAAGCUGUGGGCCAUAGUGCCACCUCCAGAGGAAUAACUGCCGCUGAAAAGAGACUACAAGAAAAACCUGACCAAAAAGAUUGUACACUUACUGUAUUAACACACCUUCGGAAAUAUAGAACCUUUAAAUAAUUCACAUUUUAUGAAGUUAAAUAUAACUUGGCAUAAUAAUAAUAACAUUAUUAUGAGGCAAAAUGUCAACUGAUCAAUGGUCAAUAUAGUGUUACAGUUGAGGGAUACAGUUAUUUGUAGUAUUUCUUACACGUGAAAUCAUAUGAAAUCAAGCAAAAACAUUAUUUCUUAAGAGAAAUUUCUAGAAAGUAUUCAUGAGAUCAGAUAACUGUAAAACAGUAAAUAAAUAAAAUUCACAGACUCCUCACUGCA